UGAAACAGGAGAGGCACAGAGCAGCGAGGACGGAGGAGGAAAACUUCCACGGUUGAUUCGUGGAGGCUCCUCGGUGACUGGAAGAGACGAGAAGAUCUGGACUUUUGACAAGCGUUCAAGUCGAUUCUAUUUCAUUUGAAGGCAAUCACGUAGUAUUUUUUUUUCUUUGUUUUGUUCUUUUCAUCAGCACAUCUUGACGCAGGACACAUAUAUAAAAAAACCAAAAAACAACCUUCGGCAGCCUGUCGGGAUGUUGAGAUGAAGACAACGACUCCAAAAGGUCCUUGAUGAGGCUGUAGAAUGACUGCCCUGCGACUGGCGGGCCUGGCACCCUGACCUCCCUCUGCUGUGUCCAGUGCUGUGGCUCCCUCUGCUGUGUGACUAAGGAAGGCCAGGCGGUAUGGGGAACAUACUGGAGGAAGGGAUGAAUACCGUCAUCGUCAGCCACUACAACCACUCGGGGAAGUGGGAUCGGCCUCGCAGCAGCGGGGCCUGCAAGAUGGCCGUGCUGCUCUUCAUCUGCGUGCUGAUUGUCCUGGAGAACGUCACGGUGCUGCUCGCUCUCUGGAGGAACAAGCGCUUCCACAGCCGCAUGUAUUUCCUCAUUGGAAACCUGGCGCUGUCAGACCUGCUGGCUGGUGUGGCCUAUGUGGUGAACAUCUUCACCUCAGGACGCAACACCUUCUUCCUGACACCGGUGCAGUGGCUGGCCAGAGAAGGGAGCAUGUUUGUGGCCCUCAGUGCCUCCACGUUCAGCCUUCUGGCCAUUGGGAUCGAGAGGCACAUGACCAUGGUGCGCCUGCGCCCCUGCGAGACGGCGGGCCGAGGGAGGCUCCUGGGACUCCUGGCGGCCUGCUGGCUUGUGUCAGUGCUGCUCAGCGCCCUGCCCAGCCUGGGGUGGAACUGCCUGAACAAUCUGGCCUCUUGCUCCACAGUGCUGCCCCUCUACGCCAAGAGUUACGUGGCCUUCUGCAUCAGUGUCUUCAGUGCUCUGUUGGUGGCCAUCAUCAUCCUCUACAUCAGGAUCUACCGCCUGGUGACCUCCAGCGGUCGCAGGGUGAGCAGUCGGCCGUCGGAGCGCUCACUGGCCCUGCUGCGGACAGUGGUUAUUGUUCUCGGAGUGUUUGUCAUGUGCUGGGCCCCCCUCUUCCUCCUGCUGCUGCUGGACGUGGGUUGCAGCCCAGAUAAGUGCCCCGUGCUCUACCAGGUGGACUGGUUCAUCGCCUUGGCCGUGCUCAACUCUGCCCUCAAUCCUCUGAUAUACACUCUAUCCAGCAGGGAGAUGAGAGCCGCCUUCUUCAGGCUGCUGUGCUGCUGUCAGACCAGUAUGGAGCCCACUGGGUCUCCCGGGGUGGGCAACCUCCACCUGGGCACGGUGAUCCCCACAGUGGAGAACAGCAAAACCAGUUUGGGUGGAGGAGGGGGCAGUGGGGCUGGCAAGUCCACACUGAGUAGAGGAAAGGUUCCCGCACCAAUCAACUCUGAAAACAAGCAUGGAGAUCCCUCUGCCACUGCUGUGCCCCACCACUCGGGGCCUACAGACCUGCUCUCAGCUGUGUUGGUGAAGGCAGGGGCGCUGCCGCCGCUCAGCAAGUUCUGAGCGGAAGCACUUUAAUGAGGCCUCACAGUCUAAUAGAAGAGUAGAACUGACAAUCCUGCUAUCAGCCACUUUUGGUUCAUGCACUAUGACCAGUUUAACACGGAUAUGAAUCGUAAAAAUAUUCAUUUUGAACCAAAUAAUUCCAGGUUGUAGAUCAGGGUCUAAACAAAAUCGGUAAUGCCACUUUUUUACAACAAUUCAACAAUAUCAUUCACCCCACCUGAGUGAUUGAAACCGUGAAUUAACUACGAAAAUGAACAGGACAGUUUCGAGGACACGGAUCAAUCAUUUAAGUCUGUAUGUAAAAUUAGUUUUGGUAAUAUUCGUGGGCGUUGCCUGACCGGGGAAUUCGUGACUGUGGUUUCUUUAGCCCUGAAUUAUUCUCCACUUUCAGCGGUUUAUCAGUGUGAAACUGAAGGUCAGUAAAAAUAUGCCACUGUUGUAAUUUUUAAUGAACAGACGUAAGACAAAUCAUAGAGGAUUUACAAGAAAAUUUGUGGAACUACUCGGACAAUUCUUACUUUAGUCAGUGUGAGGAAAUAAAUGGAUUUACAUUUAUUUAUUUUUUAAUCCGGUAAAGGAGUUGACGUUGAAGCAAAAACAUCCUCUUGUGCUGAAUUAGCAAAAAGAGGUAUUUAAAUGUCUAUAUGAGUUACAAGUUACAAGAAGAUGCUAUGAGAUGAGCAUGCAGCCAAUUUAAAUUUUUUAAAUUUUUUUUAUUUCAUCUGUCUUACAAACAGCGAUAAGAGCCAAGGCAAGUUUUAUAACCAGUCCAUUUUUUUUAAAUGACCAUGAUGUCAUACAUCAACAGCUAAGUUACCACAGCUCCCAUUAAACAAAACUUCAGACCACUAGCUGAUGCUUAGUGUUCACUAAAAAAGUUGUCUCAUUCACAAAAGAUGUCAGAUUGAACAAUUUAGAUGCAUUGUGGUUAUAGCAAUAUUGUGGUUUAUUGAUAGAAAGGAUGAAAGUAGACAGAGAAAGUAGAAAAAACGCACAUUAUCUGAGUUGCAUGAUUCCAAACAGACUGUUGUUAGGACCUACUGCUUAUUAAAGUUGGGCUAACUAAGUAGAAUCGAUGCCUUGACAGAUACUGUGAAAAGGAAAUUACUUAAAAUGUCAUAUAACAAUAAACCAAUAAUAAUAUUGACACACAAUUACAUUACAUUACAUUUUAAGCAAUGUGUAACUCUCACAUGGGAUAAACAGAGGUAUUUUGAAAUAUCUACAUUUUUAAAAGUUUUGACGGGGAAGAAUCUUGUUAAUCUGAUCAACAGUCUGACAAACUCCCCUGGUAAUAUUUCAAACAAUAUCAGCGUAAUUAAAAUGAUCAGUGUUGUCUGUUUUCUUUUUUUCUCCUCUUCAAUUCAAAUUGGGGCACUUUUUUGUAUGUACUAUAUGCAAUUACUCUAACAACACCAGCAUUAUCAAUCACAGUUUGAUUUCUGAUAUUUAUUUUCUAUGAAAACAUUUGGCAUCAACCAUUUGGUAUGUAUUUUUUGCGUUGUGUGCAUAAAAAGCCCUUAUGGUACUAGGACUUUGAAUGAAUUGUUGUUUGAUAUUAGAUGCACUGUGAGAGAAAAACAGGGCUAAAGGUUUAUUGUACAGACCAGCGGCCUCAUGAGGCCGUGAUGCUCAUUACACACCAGAAAACCAAACUGUCAGGCGGACAUUAUUACUAGAUUCUUACCACUAGUGGGCAAUAACAUUACGUUUGUCCUGAUGGUGGUGCUACAGGAAAAGCAAUGUUUUUACAUUAGUCAGUAGGGUUCAAGUUUUACUACAACUAUCAAUUUUGGUCAUUGAGGCUCAGCUCUAUAUUUACCACAGUUGGUUUAUCUUUCAUCAGUCUAAGCUCUACUGUGUCAGCUCCGGCUGAACUGUGCAUGGCUAAUAACCACACUCAUGGACAUUUUUUGCUUCUCAUCAGCACAUCUAGAAAAACCACUUGCGUCAACUAACCACUAGUGAAUGAAAUAAAUGCUGGAUGUGAAUAAUGAAAUGGUGGUAGUCUGUAAAUGACAAUUCUGCCUUGGGUGAUGUAGUGCCUUACACGAUUAUAUAGCAAAUAAAAUCCCUUUGCCCUUUGAAGAGAUUUUCCACACGUUUCAUGUUGUUAUAUCAAGUCUAUGACUUGCCUUCUUUCAGCACCACUUUUGAUCCACUGUAAGAAAGCGAAGUGCACAAGAAUCCAAGUUGCAGUGUUUUUGUGUCUUUUGCACCAUAUGAUUGGGGCAUUUUGUUGUCUUCAAGGUUCAAAUGUCUACAGCCAAAUGUGUAUUAAUGUAGAAAUGUACUAUUUCAUCAUGAAAGCAUCAAAUGAUAUCCCAAAGGGAAGCUGAUCGAUGCCCUGAUUCCCAUUUAUAGGCAGACCCGGGUCAGACAGUGAUGAACAAAGUUUAUAAAUUCUUGAUAGGGAUUUUCAGUUGGGUGACCUCAGGCAGGAAUUAGUCACGGAUCUCACUUUGAAGAACUUCCUCUUAUUGUGGAACACGUCCCAUUGUUGUAUAAAAUUCUCUGGAGCUCCACCGUCAUCUAGUAUGUUUAAUUGAUUGGAUAACCAAACUGGUUUUGUUUUGCAGUGGCAGUGAAUAAAUCUCAGUCCGAACCAACCACAGAAUUGGACCUGAAGGAAUGUUUAUCCUUCCACAAUUUUCACUGUUGUAGGAUUAUUAUUUCACACAAAUGUAUAGGAUAUCUUUGUAACAAAAAGAAUUACCGAUAAGGUUUAGUUGUCACAACUCUGUGUUUUCUAGAUGCUGAUGACUAAAGACAUUCAAUUCAUGUGCCAAAAGGCUGCUGCAGUGAAGGUUACUGUGAACGGAACCGAUAGUUUGCCCUGAUAGCAGCAGUGUGCUGUUAAUACCACAUUGCACGGCAAAGACCAGACACGAGCUGACAGACUGACAUUUCAUACUCACCUCAGCUAACGGAUGUGUCUCUGCUGCGCACCUCCAGUUUCUGAUGAAAAAAGACGGCGAGGACACAAUCCCAGCCAAGCAUUUCCAGCAUAAAGGUCACUGACUGCUUCCUGUCAGAAAUGUCUGAACACUUUUUCCUGAAUUAGCCGGGGAUGAUCGUGACCUUACGCCAUGUGGAACAGUAGAAAAUGCCAGAACGCUGAGCUGUGUAGAGUUAUUUGUCGCGAGUGAAUCAUCUGCUUCCUGCUCACGUCCCUUCAUUCUCAUCCUCCUUAUCCUGAUUCAAAUCCUCAUUGGAUUUAGUUUUGAUUAAAUGCAUUGUCUCGUCUUAAAAUUGAUGGUAAUAAAGUAGAGACAGAGGUA